AUGGUUGGACGCCCCCGUGUCGAGGCCGUCCCUCUUGCCAGCGAAGCAGGAUGGUUGGACGCCGCCGUGUCGAGGCCGUCCCUCUUGCCAGCGAGGCAGGAUGGUUGGACGCCGCCGUGUCGAGGCCGUCCCUCUUGCCAGCGAGGCAGGAUGGUUGGACGCCGCCGUGUCGAGGCCGUCCCUCUUGCCAGCGAGGCAGGAUGGUUGGACGCCGCCGUGUCGAGGCCGUCCCUCUUGCCAGCGAGGCAGGAUGGUUGGACGCCGCCUUGUCGAGGCUGUCCCUCUUGCCAGCGAGGCAGGAUGGUUGGAUGCCGCCAUGUCGAGGCUGUCCCUCUUGCCAGCGAGGCAGGAUGGUUGGACGCCGCCAUGUCGAGGCUGUCCCUCUUGCCACAGGGACCGCACGGUGGAGGGCAGGGCGCGCAGGACGGCGGGGGGCAGGGCUCCGUGCAGUUAUCGCAGGGGCGGCACGGCCCGCAGCAGCCCCCACAUGGUCCACAGCAAGGUCCGCCACAGCAAGGCCCACACGGCGGCCCGCAGCAAGGCGGGCCACAGCAGGGUUUACAGCACGGCCCGCCGCAGCACGGCCCGCCGCAACACGGCCCGCCGCAGCACGGACCUCCGCAGCACGGCCCUCCGCAGGGGCCACAGCAAGGCCCGCAACCGCCACAGCAAGGUCCACAACCCCCACAGCAAGGCACACAACCCCCACAACAAGGCCCACAGCCGCAGCACGGCCCGCAGCAACCUCCACACGGUCCACAAGACAUUAUGCUUACUUCAAAUUAUUUACUUAAUAAAGUAAUUAAUGUAAAAAUAAAUAACUGGUAUAAUUUUGAAUAAUGUUUUUUGAUUUUUAAUAUUUUAACUUUUUUGUUACAUGUGUUUUGUAUAAAAUUCUAACAAAUAAUGAUUGACAAAAUGAGAGUUGA